UCCAGUUUAUGACCCCUGAGUUGCUUAUUGCAACCUAUUGAAGCGCCUGGUAUUUCCUCAAACCAUAUAGUCUUCUUGCACGCCUAUCAUUGUUCAGUUCCCUCCUCGCUGGAGAUCGCCAUUGCGCAACAACCUUCUCGCGAUUCGCCGAAGUCUGUCUCGUCUCCAACAGCACAUUCACCUCCAACACCAUCAUGGCCUCCAUGGAUAUUGAUAUGGACAUUGAUCUCGGGCCCCUCCCCGAAGAUGAGCACAUCGAGAUCGAACCAACAGCCGCAACAGCCACCACCAACGAAGCCGUCGAUGCACUUUCUUCAGAUGCACAAUACGAGAAGGUUCACAUACGCGGUGUUGACGAAUUGACAACCGGCGAUAUCAAGCGAUUUGCAAGCGAGAACUUCCCUAUUGAGGAGCCAAGCCGUGUCGAGUGGAUCGAUGACACGUCCGCGAACCUUUUGUACUCAUCGCCAGAGGUCGGCCUCCAGGCAUUAGCGGCACUUACACAAUCAAAUGAAGAGGAGGAUGUGACUCAAUAUCCCGCGCUACGUCUACGGUCGGCAAAGCUCCUCGCCUCGCACCCUGAUUCCGUGCUCCAGGUCAGAUCAGCUGUCAUAACGGAUCGGAAGAGGCCACGCGCGCACGAAGCCAGUCGGUUCUACCUCAUGCAUCCUGAGCAUGAUCCUAGAGAGCGCCUCCGACGCGAGUUUGCAGACAGACGUCAGCACGGCGGUGGCGACGGCAACGAUGGCGACUACAGACGAAGGAGGUUCGAUGGUCGGGAACUGCGGCGGCGGAGGGACCGCGACGCUGACGACAAUUUCAGCGCUAACAUGUAUGACGACACGCGGGCCGUGAGCGCCGACCGUUCCGAAUCAUCUCGCGGACGAGGCAGACGAGGACCAAGGGAUCUUUUCCCCGAGGAUGAAGGAGGCUCCUCGGGACGUCUACGCAAUCGCAGUGCUUCACCGGGUCGUGAUACAUUGAUGGAAGGGGGAUACGUCGACACAGAUCGCCCCAGCUCCCGCCGGCAGUUUCGUGAGCGCUCGCCCCCGCCCAGUCGUCGCAAUGAAGGCCGGGAGCUCUUCCCGUCCUCCAAGGCCGGCGACAGCGACUCGAACACGCGCGAGCUUUUCCCCCAGAAGACGGCCAAAGAACUCUUCCCCAGCAAGCACAGCAACCAUCGCCGAUCCGAUGCGAUCGAUGCUGCGGACGAGACAGCCGAUCUUUUCGCUCGACGGAUUUCUGUACCGUUCGUCGAUGGAGCACAGGACAUAGAGCCACAGCGAAAGAACAAGAACGUUGAGCUUUUCCCUAGCGGCUCAGAUUCGAGCGGGCUCAACAUCCGUGGGGCUGCAGGUCAAGGUCGGGAUGAUCAAGGGAUAUCUAUUCGCGGUGCAGCAGGCGGCAUCUCAAUCAAAGGACGGGGAGCGUCUGUUCGAGAGCUUUUCCCGUCCAAGUUCAAUUCCAAUGCCGGCAAGGAGUUGUUUUCAGAGAAGAUCGAAGGGCGGGGAGGUCCUCGACGGAGAGCGGAGGACAUGUUCAGCUGAGGCAUUCUGCAUUCUAUGUUAGAAAAUACCCCUGGAAGGAAAGGCUUUUUCUUUUUUUUGCAUUUUCAUUUUGUAGUAUUUUUUUCAUUUAGUCUCUAGCAUGAUGCCUUGGGUUGGUGUUUCGCAAUUCGCAAUCCCCUCACAAUGAC